GCAACAACCAUGGGAGAGGUAAACCCAGCUUUCAUCCAAGACCCACAACACAGGCCAAAGCUCUCUACCAUCCAAGCCGAAGGAAUUCCCGUAAUAGACCUCUCUCCGAUAACCCAUCACACAGUUUCUGAUCCAUCAGCUAUUGAAGCUUUGGUGAAGGAGAUUGGAAGUGCAUGCAAGGAAUGGGGUUUCUUCCAAGUAAUAAAUCAUGGGGUGCCUUUAAUUCUUAGGCAGAAGAUGGAGGAAGCAUCAAGGUUGUUCUUUGCACAGAGUUUGGAGGAGAAGAAGAAGGUUAGCAGAGGUGAAAGCUAUACCUUGGGUUAUUAUGACACCGAACAUACCAAAAACGUUAGAGACUGGAAAGAAGUGUUUGAUUAUCUAGCCCAAGUACCCACUUCCCUUCCUGUCACCCCAGAUGAACACGACGAUCGAGUCACUCGGUGGACUAAUCCUUCACCUCAAUACCCUCCAAACUUCAGGGUUAUAUUGCAAGAGUAUAUUCAAAAGAUGGAAAAGUUGUCCUAUAAGUUGUUGGAGCUUAUAGCUAUGAGUUUAGGCCUUGAGGCAAAGAGUUUUGAAGAAUAUUUCAUCAAAGAUCAAACUAGCUUUAUUCGACUCAACCACUAUCCUCCAUGCCCUUACCCUGACCUUGCUCUUGGUGUUGGUCGACACAAGGAUCCUGGUGCCUUAACCAUUCUUGCACAAGAUGAGGUUGGAGGACUUGAAGUGAAGCACAAAGCAGAUCAAGAGUGGGUAAAAGUGAAACCCACCCCAGAUGCUUAUAUAAUCAAUGUUGGUGAUAUUAUUCAGGUUUGGAGCAAUGAUGCCUAUGAGAGUGUAGAACAUAGAGUGUUGGUCAACUCUGAGAAAGAAAGGUUUUCCAUUCCAUUCUUCUUCUUCCCUGCACAAGACACUGAAGUUAGGCCUUUGGAGGAGCUGAUAAAUGAGCAAAACCCUUCAAAAUAUAGGCCAUACCAAUGGGGAAAGUUUUUUGUCCACAGAGUGAGCAGCAAUUUCAAGAAACAAAAUGUUGGGAACAUUCAGAUAUAUCAUUAUAAGAUAGCUUAA